GGGUGAAUUUAUCCUUUGUUCAAAAGAAAAUAGUAAUGCCUCAAAUAUCCCAGCCGGCAGCCUCAUCCAACCGCGGCACGAGGCUAGCUAUAACCGCAAAAAUAGCGAAUUAGAUUUUAGAAUUCCGGCGGGAUCUGUACUAUUAUCUGAAACCGCACAGACACACUCACUUGCGCUAUUCUCUCUGAGCGACGCCUUUUCCUUCUCCAAACACCGCCCAUGGAGGAGCCUUCAUCUCCUCAACUAUCCGAUUCUAAUUCAAUGGCCAACGCCGGCGCUUCUAAAUUCCUCGCCAAUCUUCCUUCUCGCGGCUUCUUGUCCUCCACCGUUCUAUCUUCUAAUCCGGGUGGGAUGCGAGUUUAUGUUUGUGAACACGAAACAAUGCCCUCAGACAGCCAACAGAUAAAGACCAACCAAACAAAUAUAUUAAUUAGAUCUCUGCAGCUUAAGAAACAAAAGGUUGAUUCUUGUUCAAAGGAUGUUAAGGCGUUAACUGCAGCUGAGGGUUCUAGAAAGCGUGCUUCAGAAAGGGUACAGGAUGGGAGGGCUUCUGCCAAGAGAAGCAAUACUCAAACGGGUUCUCGACAAGAUGGAUCUGAUAGCCGCUUAGCAGAUAGGGAUUUGUACAGUUUGACAGUCGAAAGGCUCCGUGCCAUGUUAAAAGAGAGAGGCCUUUCCCCCAAAGGAAAAAAGGAGGAGCUGGUAACAAGGAUGAGAAAUGCAACUGGAUAAGGAUUCCAGAAGUUCGGCGAUCAUACUGCUGAAUCCCGCAUUCUUUUAACCCGGGGCAAGGAAUUAGAUGAUUUUGUUGUGUGCUAUGUAAUUGCUAGGAAUUGAAACCGAUGAGUUUAACCAUGGAUAAUUGGAAAGUGUUAAUGUUGACAAAAAAAGAUAAUCUUUGUUUCUUCUAA